AUUUAAUUGGUGGAAUUUAUUUGCCCAAUAGCCAUUGUCCUUACAGCUUACACUAAAUACCAGCCAUUACCACCUCCUUAACCUUUCCUUCACUUCUGUCUAAUAAAUGAACAAUUAAUAGUAUUCUAUAAAAUAAAAUAAAAGUACUAAUCUUUUUGGUAUUCUAAAUCAAAGGCUUACCCUUUUAUCAAAACCCCACAAUAACUUUCACAGGAUUAUUGGUUCUUUUAUUCAAAGAAACCAUAAAGUUCAAUUCUUUUCACUAUUUGUAAUUUGAGCAAAUAACAAUGGCGGGUAUAGCUAUAGUAUUAGAUCUAUUAAAGAAAAAUCCCAACUUUUAUUCACCCAAAUUCUCUGCCUCGUCCGCCGUCUCCGUUGCCGCCGCCUCUGUGGCAGCUGCCGGCACUCCUUUUGCCUCUAGGUUCUUGUUCGGGAUACCAGUUGCUCAUUGUGAUGCUGGUGCGACGUUGUCAGAUGAUUACAUUUCUAAUAUACGAAAGGCAUCUGGAGAUAUAUUUCAGCAUGAUUCUUUGAAAUACACUACUAAGGAGUAUUAUUUUGAGUUAAAACCCCUCCUCUCAGCUUUUGAAUGGAAGCAGCUAGCUAUUACAUCCUUAAGGUCAUUCUUGUUGUUCUAUUUGCCUCUUCUGGAGCCUGUUUCAAAUGCAGAAGAGGAUGAUGAAGAUUUUCUGCAGGAUGUUCCAGAAGAUCGCCGUGUAGAUUUAGUUGUUCCCUUCCAAAAAUCAGUGAAGCAAAUUGUUCGUGAGACUACUGUUGUGACCACAAGAAGGAUUUUGGAAAGGCUUGCCGUGCAUUAUGUUUCACAGCGGAUGGCAUGGAAACUUCUAAAAGAUGUUCCUAAAUCAGCUGUGCGCAAAGCUGAUCGAGGAAUGCCUGCCAUUGUCUACAUGUUCAAAGUUGGAAGGACAACUUUUAGAGGACACUUCUUAGGAGUUGCUGCAUCAUGGUUCGUACAAGUUGGUAUUGAGAUUUACCGAUUCUUUUCUCGACUAACAAGGUCUGAAGAUGAAAGCAAUAACCAUGAUAAAGCAGAACAGGUUAAAAUUCUUGGCAAAAAGGUUACUGGUGUUACUCUCAGGUGUAGUGCAUCGCUAGUUUUUGCUUCCAUAGGGGCAGGGCUUGGUGCAGCCCUAAUUCGUCCUUCAGCAGGCCAGUGGAUUGGCUGUGCUCUUGGGGAUUUGUCUGGGCCAGUUGUCGUCACAUUUUGCCUUGAAAAAGUUCUCCAUAAUGACCUUUAGAGCAUUGCCAAUAAAUAAUUUGAUGUACUUUUUGCCCCUGCGUCUAACUUGAUUGGUUGUUAGCAAUUUUUUGAGUAUACGUUAUAUAGUUAUGCAUAAUCAAUAUCAUUUUCUUUAA